AUAUUAUAAAUAUGACAGCUGCUAUGAUGUGAUGAAGUCUAUUUUAAGGUCUUAACGCUCUUUACUUUCUAUUAGACCUUAACAUUUGCGUUUCUUUCUCGUCUUUCUGAUCAAAGAUAUUUGUACUAUAAGCAAAUCAGGCCUCAAACUACAUCGCUCAAUCGGCGCACACGUCACUGAUAUAAACGAGAGUUUUGUCUUAAAGUUCAGAAACUUACAACUAUUAGCAUUAUGUGCGAGAAGAACUCUUUAUUUGGGGACCUGUUGCGCGCGCCUCAAGAAACCUCUGCCCGUCAGAGACCGGCUGCAUGAGCACAGAGGGGGAGAGAGAGAGAGAGAUUCGCUGCCAGACCCGCGGUGGAUUCACUGGCGCUUAUUAUAAAAAUAACACAAAUAACUCGUUCAUUUGUUAUAAGUGGAUUAUUUUAAAUGUAGAUCGCAGCUUUCAGCGUUUCUGGAGUUUUCAAAACAACCACUUUUGUGGAAUACAGUUCAGUGUAGAAAAAAUGAUGUGGUCUUGUGCUCGCUGCUGCUGAUGGAGUUUGGGAAGCGAACGGGAAGGCGAGAGAGAGUGUUGAGGUGGAAAGUAGAUGGGCUGGGCUUGCGCCUCUAGUGGAGGCAUCAUCGCGCUACCACUUGCCGUAGGCCCUGGCUGGCUGAGGAAAAGUGUUAGGGUUAGCUUCGUGAGAAGGACCGGCUAAAACUGUCCGGGCUCGCGGCUCUGGCGGAGGCAGCCUCACGUCAGGAGCCGCGGGCCAUGAGCAGUGGAUAUUGGCAGCAGGUUGCGUCUGCUCCGCCAACGGAGGCAGCCUCACGCUGACGGGGAGACGGUCGCUGCUGGUGGCCGGUAUAUCCGGAGUGGAAGCCUGUGGUGGAGAAUAACCCGGAAAAGUUUUCCGGGCUCGCGGCUCUGGCGGAGGCAGCCUCACGUCAGGAGCCGCGGACCGCAGCUGUUUAGUGGCAACAGUUCGCGCCUGCCCCGCCAGCGGAGGCAACCUCACGCUAGCGGAGCGACGGUUACUGUUGGUGGCUGGUAAAUCCGGGCUAGGAGUGCUGGAAGCCCCCGCUGAAUGACGUGGAGCAGCAGGUUGCGGUGUAGCAGGGGAUCGACCCAGGCUUGCUGGGGCUCGUACUCUUACCUGGAGGUCGACGGAGUUUUGGUCUUACUAUUCUGAAAGAUGCCAUUCUGAAAGAUGCCAUUCUGAAAGAUGCGAAGGAUUUUCAAAAUAGCAGAUAUGGACAUAACAGAACUAGCAGUGACAUCAAAACCUGUGGAGAUUGAUAUCGAGACUCCAGACAUGGCUCACAAAAGACAAAAGCAGGAGAAAAAGAAAGCAGAGUUUGAAACGUACCUGCGCCGAAUGAUGAAACGAUUUACCAAGGAGCAGCUAGAGGAUACACACAAGGUCCACCUGCUUUGCUUAUUGGCCAGCGGACUUUUCCGGAACAGACUCUGCUGUGAGCCCGACCUGACGGCUAUUGCCUUCUCAAUACUGCCUAUCCACUUUACCACAGUUGAGACAAAACGUAUAAAUAUUGGCUUUGUAGAGGGGCUUCUGAAAUGGUUUCAGAGGACAUUUACCUUAAACCCUGCCUUACCUGAGGAGAAAGGGGUGGAGCUAAGCACAGUGCUGGAGAAGCGGAUUGGUUGUUUAUCAGCAAGGGACCAUGAGGAGAUGACUUACCUGUUAUUAUUGGUGCUGAGAUCAUUACGACUCUUCUGCCGAUUGGUGCUGUCACUACAACCCCUGUCUUUCAAGCCACCAUCUACCACCAAGAAUAAGACCAAACCUACCAAAAGCACACCUACUAAAAAUCAGUCUGAGAAACCUUCCCCAAAGCCUAAGAUAUCCCCUGGGACCAAACGCCUAUCCGUGGAGACCAAAGAGGAAAGGGGUGGAAAACGAAGAAAAAAGACAGAAGGAGGCAAGAAAGAGGCACUAGCAGGACAAAAACCCAAAAACACCAGAAGAAGAAGUAUUGCAUCAAAGGUGUCCUAUAAAGAGGUCAACAGUGAUGAGGAAGACGAAGAGAGCGGGGAGGAGUUUCAACCGGCCAACGAAGAUGAUAGUGAGGAGUCCGAUUGUGAGGUCAUGAACAUUUGCAGAAAGUCAAAAGUAAAGUUAAAGAAUCUGGCUCCUCAGAGGUCAGAUGAGAUCAAACAGGAGAGAAGUGAGGAGGAGGAGGAAGAAGAGGAAGAGAAAGAGGUAAAGAAACGAAGAUCUACACGAAAGGAGGGAAAAGGUGCAGAUGAAUGGAUCGAGAUUUAUUUGGAAAGUAGCGGAAGGUGGGUGUGUGUCGAUGUGGAUCAAGGAGUCGGGCAGCCACACCUUUGCACUGAUCAGGCCACACAGCCGAUCACUUACGUGGUGGGCAUUGACGAUGAGGGACACCUGAAAGAUAUUAGCAGCAAGUAUGACCCCACCUGGCUGACAUCAUCAAGGCGAAGACGUAUCGAUUCUGAAUGGUGGGAUGAGACUAUGGAUCUCUACAAAUCUCCAGAUGCUGAGAGGGGACAGAAGGAGGACCAGGAGAUGCAGGCAAAGUUAUUAGACAAGCCUCUUCCAACAUCAGUAGCUGAAUAUAAGAACCACCCGCUGUAUGCCCUAGAGAGGCACUUGCUGAAAUACGAGGCCAUCUACCCCCGUACAGCUGCUGUUUUGGGGUACUGCAGAGGGGAGCCAGUUUACUCGCGAGACUGUGUGCACGUGUUGCAUUCCAGUGAUACCUGGCUGAAGGAAGCUAGAACUGUUCGACUAGCAGAGGAACCGUACAAGAUGGUGCUUGGUAUUUCCAACCGUUCUCGUAAAGCCAGGAUGAUGUCAGAGCAGAAAGAUGUAAAAGAUCUGCCUCUCUUUGGACUCUGGCAAACAGAGGAGUAUCAACCUCCAGUUGCCGUUGAUGGCAAAGUACCACGUAAUCCAUUUGGAAAUGUGUACCUCUUUAGGCCAUGUAUGUUACCAGUGGGAUGUGCUCACCUGCGUUUGCCAAAUCUGCACAAAGUUGCUAGAAAACUAAACAUCGACUGUGCUGCAGCAGUAACUGGCUUCGAUUCCCACUGUGGAUUCUCACAUGCUGUAACUGAUGGUUAUAUAGUCUGUGAAGAACACAAAGAUAUUCUAGAGGCAGCUUGGGAAAAUGAGCAAGAUAUCCAGCAGAAGAAAGAACAAGAGAAACGUGAAAAACGAGCAGUGGCUAACUGGACCCUGCUGGUCAAAAGCCUGUUGAUAAAGGAGAGGUUAAAGCGUCGCUAUGGACAACAGGGCCUUGCAUCAGAGGCGGGGCUUAACCAAGGAAAAGGUGGUGAUGCUGAAGGUCUGUCUUCAGACGAGGAGGAAGAAAGCAGGGCUCAGACUGCACCUCCCUCUCUGGCAAACUCAUGGCCACAGAACAGACAAGAAGAGCAGGAAGAAAAGAUUGUAAGGCGUGUAAAUAAACGAGAGAAACGUGAGAAGGAGAAACAUCUCUUUCCUUUUUAAAAAGUGUGACUAAAUCUCUUAUCUCAUUGCAUGAUGUGCAUGGUUUUUUUGGAUAGAUCAUCUACAAAUGUCUAUGAUUAGUUUUAGAGGACUAUACAGUCUCUGGGCUUUUUAUAAAUACUCUACAUACACAGGAAGAUUUUGAAGAUGUCAUGAUCUAGACACAUAUCCAAGCAUUUACGUUUAAUGUCAUCUUUUCAGAUUUUUGCUGUUGAUUUCUUUUUGUAUCAAAAUACAUAUUUUUAUAGAACAUGCUGUUAAAACACAUGAAAAUAAAAAUGUUUUGCAAUUUUCAUAUC